ACUCAUUUCAUUGCAGCACACUAUUCCAUCAGAUGAAGAAGAUGUUUACAGCUAUGUUAGGUUGCUCAGAGACUGCUGAGAGGGACACAGAAUGGGAUAUCUCAGGAAGGAACAUCGAGAACUUUAUGGAAGCACUCCAAGCUGCUAGUAAGUUGUCAGCAGAUAAUAUCUUGGAAGUACUCAAGUUGCUGGAAGUCAAAAUCAUAAGUAACAAAAUGUCGAUGCUGCUCUGCCAGAAGGUGACAGAUAUCAUCAUCAGCUACCUGAGGGCAAUGAAGCCAGAGGGAGAACUGGAGGAGAUUUGUACUGCAGUCCUAAUGGCUCUGGGGACCCACUGCCCAAGAAUGGUCAUCCUCAAGCUGUGGGACAAAGCACAUCAGCACAACCUGCCGCCAAGGAGCCUUCUGGUGGCAGUGGGGAAACUUGCCCUCUGCCAGGUGCCCCAGACAGAGAAGCUGAGGAGCGAGGUCAUGAAUUCAGUCAUUGUCGCCAUACAGGAGGACCGGAAACCAGUGCAGAUGGCCCUCCUGAACUUCAUCAAUACGCUGGGCCAGUACGACUACCUGACCCUGCCCCAGGGGAACACCGUCAUCAACUACCUCAUCAAGCUCAGCGAGUCUGACCCCUCGAAUGAAGAGGACAUCCAACUGAUGUGUUCCAAAAUCCUGCAGAUGGUACACACAACUAGGGUGUCCUUGCCCAAACUGGUCACCUUGGCAUGUCAGCCCAGCAACAUCUCAGCCUUUGUGAUCUUGAGUAAGACGACCACGGAGCUAGCUCUGAGGGCCCGGUCCCUGGGCCAGGUCCCCUACCUCAGCAGCUUCCACCUCAGGCCCGCCCAGUUCAUCUCCCCGCAGAGACUCCUGACCCAUCUCAUGUUGUGUUCUCUGAAGCCCUACAGAGAAAAGAAGUUUGGAGUAAGUGCCCUAAGGCUACUCCAUGCCUUACACCCUAUCACCUCCCUGCAUCCUGUUAUCAACUCGAACGUGGGCCAGCUGUGGAUGAAGGAGAUCCCUCAGAUGUUGCAGAUCCUAGAUGAGCACUCUGAGAAGAGCCUGAGCCAGAAGGAGUGGGAGAGCAGGCUGCUCCAGUUUUCAAGCCAGUCACUAGCAGCCAUCAAUGAUGACAGCUGGCUGGAGCAAUUGGCCACGGUCAUCUUGGAGAAGAUACGUUAUUUCAGCAACAACGAGGAGAAGGCUUUCCUGUAUAAAUUCUUUGGCUUCAACCUGCGGACCUCAAGGAGUCCAAAACUGGUGAAGACGAUGCUCUCUUCCAUCCUAGACACUGGCCAUGAGGAGCUGCAGGAGAGAGAGGGCAUUGCCGAGGCGCUCAGUAUCGUGUCCCUGAGACACUUGGAGAUAGUUCUGGACCAACUGCAAGAAUAUGGGACUGUACUCACCAACCAGCAUGCAUCCUCCAUCCUCAAGCUGAUGAAGGAACAUCAGCAGACGGAGUGGAGGCUGGUCUGCAAAACUAUCUACUUGAGCUACAGCAAGAUCAUUUCACGGAACAAGAGAGCCGCCCUCCUGCACGUAGACGCCAUCCUGGCCGUGGUGCUGCAGCACUACCACCACUGCAUCGUGGAAAAGGAGCUGAUCAGGGAGGAGCCGAUGAACGGCAUCUCCAGCUCCGUCAGGCAGAAGGCGAUGGACAUUGUCACCGAUGUCAGGAAGCUCAGGCCCCUCCUGGAGCCAAAUGACAGGUCAGAGCUUCUUCAAACAUGCUGCAAGAGUGUGCUCUGCCUGCCACCCUCAGAUGUCCUGCAGAAGGAAGCAGCCAGCCCCAAGGAGGGCCAGGCCAACAUGGAGCUGUUCAGGGAGACCAUGCAUUCUCUCCGAAGGCUCAUGGAAGCAUUUAUCACUGAGAAGCCCGAUUGGAUCCAGUACUGCUUGCAGCUUCUAGACAUAUGGCUGAAUUCCCAGAAGGAUAAUGAGCGGGAACGGGCCAUGUGGUGUGCUGCCCGUGUCCUUGGCUUUACUGCAAAAAUGAAUAACUUCAAUGUGGAGAUUCAGUUCACCCAUCUGGGGCGCCUGGUGAGGAUGCUGGCCAUGCGCUGCCAGGACACGGUGGACAACGUCUGCUUCUUGUCUGCACACGCAGUCUACAACCUCUACUGCAUCCUCCUGCUGCAAAAGCAGAUGACAAGGAAAAAGCAAGGCUUGUGGGAAGAAGAGGGCAAGAGUAAGGUCUAUAGCGCCAACAUGUUCUACAACAACACCCUUGAGAUCGCCAAAGCAUUCGCAGAGUAUUUCACCCAGCUCCAGCUCACCAACCUGGUGCUGACAGCCAUAGAGGGCCUGACCCACAGCAAGGCCAAGGUGUCUCUGGCUGCUGCCCAGCUGAUGAGUGCUGUCAUGAGAGAACGGGGCAGAGACAUGAUAAAGAUUGAGGAGGUUGUGGAGGGCAUCCUUGAGCGGCUCAACUUGCAGCUGGAGCCCAGCACGAAGGAGGAGACCCUGCAGGCCAUGUGCUCACUAGCAGGCAGCAACACCCACACCGUGGUGCCCCUGCUGCUCAGCAAGCCCCUGCCCUGGGACAGAACCAAUCUGGCCCUGUGGAAGACAUUUGGCACCCAUCGAGAGACUACAAUCAACGUCCUGCAGCUGCUCAUUGUCAUCCUGGAAAAGAACCAGUCCAGAGAGGAAACCGGGGAGAUGGCCUUCCGGCCUGUGGCGGUCAGAGCCAGGGAGGAGAGGAGGCCUGGGAUUUAG